GAAUUCCUUAAAAAGAUGUGAUUUUAGAGCGGUGUUGAGGAGGAACUGGUUGCUCAUGGGCACAAUUCUCGCUGUAGUCUUAGGUAUUGUGACCGGGGUUCUGGUACGUGAGUUUGCUGUUUUGUCAAACCUAGACAAAUUUUACUUUGGCUUUCCUGGAGAGAUCCUAAUGAGAAUGCUGAAGCUGAUCAUUUUACCUUUAAUUGUCUCCAGUAUAAUUACAGGAGUGGCUACCUUGGAUUCGGAUGUUUCUGGGAAAGUUGGAGUGCGGGCAGUGACAUAUUAUUUUGCCACCACUAUAAUUGCUGUAAUUCUAGGAAUUGUGUUGGUGGUCGCCAUUAAACCCGGUGUCUCCCAAAAAGCUGAAGACAUUGACAGGAGUGGAAGUACCCCAGAGGUCACCACUGUGGACGCAUUGUUAGAUCUCCUUAGGAAUGCAUUCCCAGAAAACCUGGUGCAGGCUUGCUUUCAACAGUAUAAAAGCAAGCGACUAGAAAUUGAACCUGUAAACAAUGCCAGUAUUCCUACUAGCCCAAUGGUUAAUGUUGUUAUGACAACACAAAUGAAUGAGACUAAGAGCAGUGACUACAAAGUGAUUGGAGCAUACUCUGAUGGACUAAAUGUACUGGGCCUCAUUGUCUUCUGCCUAGUAUUUGGGAUUGUCAUUGGACAGAUGGGCGAAAAAGGCAAAAUUCUGCUAGAUUUCUUUGAUGCAUUGAAUGAAGCCACCAUGAAAAUUGUACAGAUUAUUAUGUGGUAUAUGCCAAUAGGUAUAUUAUUUCUUAUUGCUGCGAAAGUAAUGCGAGUGGAUGACUGGGAAAUUUUCCGUAGACUUGGGCUUUAUAUGGCAACAGUGCUGACUGGAUUAGCCAUCCAUGGUGGAAUUAUUCUCCCUGUGAUCUAUUUCAUUGUGGUUAAGAAAAAUCCCUUUAUGUUCAUUGGAGGAAUGGCUGAGGCAUUGUUGACUUCUGUCAUGAUUUCAUCCAGUUCCGCAACUCUGCCAGUCACGUUCCGAUGUGCUGAGGACAAAAACAAGGUUGACAAAAGGAUCACCAGAUUUGUGUUGCCGGUGGGUGCCACAAUAAACAUGGAUGGAACAGCUCUAUAUGAAGCAGUUGCUGCAAUAUUUAUUGCUCAGCUUAAUGACUAUCCAUUGGAUGCAGGACAGAUAGUCACCAUCAGCAUUACAGCCACAGCAGCCAGCAUUGGAGCAGCGGGAGUUCCUCAAGCUGGGUUGGUCACCAUGGUAAUUGUUCUUACCGCAGUUGGAUUGCCUGCUAAUGACAUCACUCUGAUCAUGGCCGUGGAUUGGCUACUGGAUCGGUUUCGGACAAUGGUGAAUGUACUCGGCGACUCUUUCGGAGCUGGAAUUGUGGAGAAACUGUCCAGUAAAGAACUGCAGCAGAUGGAUCUCAUAACUAGCAUUGACAUAGUGAAUCCAUUUGCUCUGGAAACCGCUGCAUCUGAGAAGGACAUAAAGAAGAUAAAGGAAACUUAUGUCAAUGGAGCAUUUGAUGUAGAUAAAACAGACUCGGUAGCUGUCACAGAAACAUCGCAAUUUUGA